CGUUGAGGCGCUUUUCCCAUCGAUUCCAAUCGACAUCGCUAUUAAGGCGAUCAAAAAGCACCUCUUAAAAUUUAAUUUGCCUGAGGACCAAUUAAAUGCAUACAUCGUAGCGAUCAAUAGCUGUAUGAAACACAAUUGCUUCCAAUUCCGAGACGUUUAUUACAAGAACAACUCCGGCUGUAGCAUGGGUAACAGUCUGUCGCCAUACGUAGCAGAAGCGUUCAUGUGCAAUUUUGAAUCGGAACUAAAAAGUGAAGGUGUUUUGCCACGAAUUUGGCAUCGAUAUGUCGACGAUACUUUUGCUAUUAUAAAAAUAUCCGACAUAGAUAAAAUACUGGAAACAUUAAACAAUCGUUAUCCGAGUAUUAAAUUUACCUUUGAAAAAGAAGACGAAACAACACACUCCCUUCCUUUUCUUGAUGUACUGAUUAAGCGACAAGGAAGGAGAAUUGAAUUCGGUGUUUAUCGGAAACCAACAUCAACAGACCGAUACAUAACAAGCGAUUCCUUUUGCACAUAUCAACAAAAAAUUGCUUCGUUUAAUUCUAUGGUGUUUAGACUUUGCUCUUUGCCACUGUCUGCAGAAAGCUACAUGAAAGAAUAUAUGCAAAUAAAACACAUAGCGGACAUAAAUGGCUUCAACAAGGAGGGCGCUGCGUGCCCGAAUCGAGGAACACUUACGUGCCGUACGGCUGAAAAAGAUGGAUAAUGCUAUCGCAGCGCAUGCAUUUGAUUUAAAUAAUUCUCGCCCACAUAACACAAUAUCUAUGGCAGAAAACGUUCGAUUACUUAAACACGUAAAAAACCCAGCAAAAUUAGAUGCCUAUGAAUCCCUUUUCAUCGCUACUAAUGAUAAUUUAAUGAAUUUAGAACCCGG